UCUCUUGUGAGAAUAUAUUGGAUGUUUUUAUAAUGGUAUAUUAGUUGGGUAAAUAUACUUUAGGUCUUGAAUUGAAUAUAAUUAAUCUCUUCUUUAGCAAAGAUACAGUAACAUACCUCGUAGUUAAGAUUUAAACCACAUAUUUGGACAUAAAGUAUUAAUUUUACUAACCACUAAUCAGGGUUUAUUGGAGAAAAUAAACUCUAAUUCCAGCUAACCAUCAUAAACUUUAUUGUACUUACUGUACUGUAACUUAUCUGCUUUGUCUCUAACUCUAUAAAUAUGUGUCAUCCAACUUGCUAUCCUCUCACAAAUCAUAAGUUUGAACUCCAGACAGUUCUUUCAGCUUGUUAAGUUCUUUAGUUCUUUAGUUGUCAAAUAUUUGCAUACUGCUUUUGGUAACCUUUUUAAUAUAAACAGUCACAAAACUCAAUAUUUUUAAAAAAUGAACUCCAUGCUUACCUAUCUCUUAAAUCUGCCUCUUUGUUCUGGAUUCACCCAGCAAACCUUCUCUGCACUGACCAUUGUCUUCUUAUCUUUUUUGCUCUAUUUCCUACUGCACUUUUGGUUGAUCCCCGGAGGCUUUGCAUGGCGAAGUUACAACCUAAAUUCUGUCCCUAAACUCAUUGGGCCUUCAGGUUGGCCCUUGUUAGGGUCACUGCCUCAAAUGGGCUCUUUGGCCCAUCGUAAACUAGCCACCAUGGCAACUUCCUUGGGCUGCACUAGGCUCAUGGCAUUGAGUUUGGGCACCACACCUAUGAUCAUUAGUAGCCACCCUGAAACUGCCAAGCAAAUCCUAUGUUCACCUUCAUUUUCAGAUCGUCCCAUAAAAGCCUCAGCUCGUUUGCUAAUGUUUGAACGUGCCAUCGGAUUUGCUCCCCAUGGUACAUACUGGCGCCACCUGAGGAGGAUUGCGGCAAGUUACAUGUUCUCUCCUAGGAGAAUCUCGAGCCUUGAAGAGGUUCGGCAAUGCCUAGCAGAUGCAAUGUUGGAAAAUGUGUCGAAGGAGAUGAAGAGUAGAGGAGUGGUGGAGUUAAGAGGGAUACUACUAGGAGUUUCUUUGAAGAACAUGUUAGAAAGUGUAUUUGGAAGCAACUUGGGUAGUGAAGGGGAGAAGUUAGGCUUGAUGGUCAGGGAGGGUUAUGAGUUGAUUUCCGAGUUCAAUUUGGAGGAUUAUUUCCCUCUAGGUCUCCUGGAUUUUAAUGGAGUGAAAAGGAGAUGUCAUAAGUUGGCUUGCAGGGUGAAUGAACUUCUAGGUAAGUUCAUUGAAGUUAGGAAAAAAGAUGUAAACUUCAAGCAGAGAAAUGACUUCCUAAGUGUGCUGCUAUCAUUGCCUGAUGAUGAACGACUAAGUCAUUCUGAUAUGGUGGCUGUUUUAUGGGAAACAAUCUUUAGAGGAGCUGACACAGUUGCUACACUUCUUGAGUGGAUCAUGGCUAGAAUGGUUCUACACCAAGAUAUCCAAACAAAGGCCCAAGAAGAACUAGACUUGUGCAUUGGGAACAACCAGCGGCAAGUCCAAGAUUCAGAUCUUCAAAACCUUCCCUUCCUUCAAGCUAUAGUCAAGGAGGUCCUUAGGCUUCACCCACCAGGUCCACUACUUUCAUGGGCCCGCUUAGCGAUCCAUGAUGUCCAUGUAGACAAGGUUAAGAUUCCAGCUGGCACAACGGCAAUGGUCAAUAUGUGGGCCAUCACCCAUGAUCCAACUAUAUGGAAUGAUCCAUGGGCAUUCAAGCCAAUGAGGUUCAUCGAUGAGGAUGUUUCGAUCAUGGGCACAGAUUUAAGACUUGCACCAUUUGGAGCAGGUCGAAGGGUAUGCCCAGGAAGGGCAUUGGGCUUGGCCACUGUGCAUUUGUGGUUGGCUCGAAUGCUUCACCAAUUUAAGUGGUUGCCAGCUCAAUUUAAUACUGUGGAUCUCUCGGAGCGUUUAAGGCUUUCACUUGAACUGAAGAAACCACUGGCUUGUUAUGUGGUUCCUCGUAAGACUGGCAUAAAUCUAGCUUAAUUAUCCUAUGAAUUCCAUAAAUGUUUAGAUAGAAUUAGUAACGAGUUAGCAUGAUUAAGAUGGAUAUUAGCUGUAAGAUGUAGCUCAUUAGAGCUCGAAGCUGAUGUCAUUAUCUAGUACUGAAAUCACAAAGAAAGAUCGACUACAUGUCUGAUGAUCUUUGGUUUUCAGUUACUAUAAUUCUGUAACUGAUAACGUUACAUAACAUGUUCUAUGUCAUUAUAGAUGAAUAUAACCAAUAAAAACGUCGUGUUGAUGGUAUAAACGUGCAACAUCCAAUAUAUUGGUUUGAUUUUGAGA